AUGCAUGAGAUUGUUACUUUGCAACUCGGCCAGAGGGCUAACUAUCUGGCAACGCAUUUCUGGAACCUCCAGGAAUCAUAUUUCACUUACAACGAGAAGGAAGAGUCUGAAAUAGAUCAUGAUGUUCAUUUCCGCCCAGGUGUUGGAGCCGAUGGCUCAGAAACAUACACUCCUAGAACCAUCAUUUAUGACCUAAAAGGCGGAUUUGGUACUCUUCGCAAGUACAAUGCACUUUACGAGAUGUCCGAAGAGGCAGCAAGCGGACAGGGUCUUUGGGAUGGGACUGAAAUUGUUCAAAAGCAAGAACCGAUUAUACCGAGUGAUUAUCAGAAGAGCUUAGAUUUGGGCACUCCUGCACCUCGCUUAACAUCAGAGACAGUACGCUACUGGUCUGACUACAACAGAGUCUUCUACCAUCCUCGGUCCAUCGUGCAGCUGAAUGAGUAUGAGUUGAACUCCCAGAUGAUGCCUUUCGAGGACUGGAAUGUUGGCGAAGAACUGUUCGCAGAUCUCGAUAAAGAACACGACCUGCUGGACCGGGACGUGAGACCCUUUCUUGAAGAAUGCGAUCAAUUGCGAGCACUUCAGAUCUUCACGGGGGCUGACGAUGCCUGGGGCGGCUUUGCAGGUCGGUAUAUUGAACGACUAAGAGAUGAGUAUGGCAAGAAGAGUAUCUGGGUGUGGGCCAUUGAGGACGGCCAAAGGGUUCAACGGCACAAACAAUUGAAGAAAGAUGUUAACAAGGCCAAAUCUUUGUACACCAUCUCGCCACAGUCUACUCUAUACGUACCUAUCAUCGAUAUUCCCCAGAGACUUCCAAGCUAUAUCAAUCUGGAUCGCCAGUCCCAUUGGCAGACCACUGCUUUAAUCAGCUCUGCCCUGGAGACGGUGACGUUGCCAUCACGAAUACGUCCUUACCACGACUUUGAAGCCUCAUUGUCUGGUGAUGAUGGCAGACACACUAUCUUCGAGCUACAAUCGACUUUUAGUUACCAAGAUAACAAGAAUGAGCAGAAACCCACGGAAGAUAAUCAAAGGCCUAAGCCGGAAACCGAGUUUGACAUCGAUUUCACUUACGGGGAUGGGAAAAGUGACAAUGCGCAUAUUUUCAACCAAGUCCAGGUGACUCGAGGGGACGAGCGAGAAAGGUCUACUGAUUCAACGCAAGAUGAUCUUGGGCACCUACGUAAACUCCGACUUUACAACUCCGAAGCAAUGCUUCAAAGCUAUCACACGUCACUUCGACUCCCAAUUCUUGACAGUUUCCCGCACGGCCUCUACCAAAUCCCCCAGGCCAACGAAGGGCUUAGCGUAUUCUCCGCAUUGACCGCUUCGACCCGGACAGCCGAAAGAAUCAAGGCUAUCGAGUCUUCCACAGCACGUCUGUUAUCAGUCGAGGAACGGGAGAACAUGAUCAAUGGGCUAGGCGAGAUUAGGGAAACCUACGAGACAGGAUGGGGUAGUGGCUCCGACGAUGAUGAUGACUAG